AUGUCGUUUCUCAACAGUGCCUCCCCGGCCUCCACGACAACUGGACCAGGGCUGGUGAUCAACGAUAUCACUGUAAACAAUCCUCCAGAUGACUCGAUAACAGACUUGUCAUUUUCACCGCAACAAGACUUACUUGCUGCGGCUUCUUGGGACAGGAAGGUUCGGAUCUACGAGAUUGACUCCAACUCCGGAAACAACCAGGGCCGAGCCCUUUUCGAACACGAAGCACCUGUCUUCUCUGUUGCAUGGACCUACGAUGGUACCAAAGUAGUGAGUGGCGGUGCUGACAAGCAAGUGAAGCUUUUUGAUCUUCAAACUCAGCAAUCGCAACAAAUUGGUGCUCACGAUGCUCCCGUAAGAGCAGUUCGUUAUGUAGAAUGUGGUCCUUCCAAUACACCUGCGGUAGUGUCGGGCUCUUGGGACAAGACUCUCAAGUACUGGGACAUGAGAUCGCCACAGCCAAUUACAACCAUACAGCUUCCAGACCGUGUCUACACUAUGGAUUCCAGUCAGAAGUUGUUGGUUGUAGGCUGUGCUGAACGUCAAAUUGUCGUUAUUGACUUGAACCAGCCUCAGCAGAUCUUUAAAAACUCGCUCUCUCCUUUAAAAUGGCAAACCAGAGCCAUCAGCUGCUAUCCACAAGGAAACGGUUUUGCCGUCGGCUCCAUUGAAGGAAGAUGCGGCAUUCAGUACAUCAAUGAACAGGACCAGACAAAACAGGGGUUUGCAUUCAAAUGUCACCGCAAAAUGGGCAGCAACACCACCACUUCAACCAUAAGAUCAGUAUCCUCGACGUCACAAGCGUAUCCUGUCAAUGCCAUAUCGUUCCAUCCCGUCUAUGGCACAUUCAGCACAGCUGGUUCCGACGGAACCUUCAGUUUCUGGGAUAAGGACGCUCGCCAGAGGCUAAAGUCAUUCCCAGAGCUCAACGGCUCCAUCACGGCCACUGCGUUCAACAAAAACGGAAGCAUCUUUGCAUACGCCCUAGGCUACGAUUGGUCCCAGGGCUAUAUGGGCAACAGGCCCGACUAUCCGGUGCAGAUCAAGUUGCAUGGUACGAAGGAUGACGAGGUGAAGCAGAAGAAGAAAAGAAUUUAGAGUAUGUAUAGUAUCAGAAAGUGUAAUGUAUGGAUCGUAUAC